GUGCAGAGCGCUGGUGGGAGAGACUGGACUCCGCGUUGCCGUGGGGCCAGGGCAGGGAAGACCCUCCAGCAUCACCGAGAUACUUGCGUUUCCACUCUCCUCUCCAGGCCGAAGAAGCUUUGGAAGACGCUUCCCUCUACUUCUCCAGAGAGGAGUGGGCAGCGAUGGGAGACUGGGAGAAAGGCCCCUACCGGAACGUGAGGAGGAACUUCCACGUGCUCACCAGCCUCGGUCUCAGGGCCCCUCGACCAGCUUUUAUGUGUCACCGCGGGCAGGCCACUGAGCUCCAGGAGGAGGACCCUGAGGACUCUGAUGAAGAAUGGGCUCCAAGGCGGCAAGUGAAACCUAUUUGGGUGGCCUUCAGAAGGGAACAGAGUAAACAUAAGGCAACAUCCACGGUGUCAUUAAACAAUGAAGAUAGUUUGAAGGAAUUAUCAGGAAUAGCAAAUUUGAUGACUGCAAGUGACUCAGAGCAGGCCCAGAAACCAGUGUCCCCUUCUGGAGAAGCAUGUGCCUUUGGAAAGCACACUAGACAAAAAUCAGAACUCAAGAGAAAAGAAAUGGAUGUGAAGAUGUACAACCUACGAGAAAGAAAGGGCCAUGUGUACAAAGAGAACAACGAGCCCCAGGAUGAUGAGUACCUUUAUUGUGAGAAGUGUCAGAACUUCUUCAUCGACAGCUGUGCUAUGCAUGGGCCCCCUACAUUUGUAAAGGACAGUGCAGUGGACAAGGGGCAUCCCCACCGCUCAGCCCUCACCCUGCCCGCUGGGUUGAGAAUCGGGCCAUCGGGCUUCCCUGAGGCUGGGCUUGGAGUGUGGAAUGAGGCAGCUGAUUUGCCAGUGGGUCUGCACUUUGGCACUUAUGCAGGACACAUCACAGAAGAUGAAGAGGUAGCCAAGAGCAGAAACUCCUGGCUGAUCACCAGAGGGAGAAACUGCUAUGAGUAUGUGGAUGGGAAGGACAAAUCCUGGGCCAACUGGAUGAGUCAGAACUUCCUCACCCAACACGUGAAACUCAGUCAUCCCUCUCAGAUUCUCCUGGGAACAUCUGCAAGAAAACAGCUCCAAGCGAAGGAACCCUGCCCAGAGGAUCAGAAUCAACAGCAGCAACAUACUAGUAUGCACGGCUGGAAUGAUAAAGCUGAAGGUCAAGAGGUCAAAGUAAGGGCCAAAUCUUUGUUUAAAAGGAUCAGUGAGAGGAGAAUCUCAAAACCCUUUUUCCAACCUUCCAAAAACAAAUGAGCUUGAGUGAGCAAGAGAAUGAAGGAAGAAGAGCCGGAGAGGCCAGAAAGAGAGUCCAGAGGACACUGGCAAGUUAUUUGUGAAAGCAAAAAAAAUCAAGAAUUGCAACAAACCAAAAUGGAGAGUGUUGGCAAGGCUUCAGUGCUGGGUCACAUCUCAUCAGAGACAAGGAUUGACACUCAGGAGAGAAGCCCUAUAUUUGCACAAAGUAUGGACAAGGCUUUCCACACAACUCAGUUCUCAUAAGACACCAGAGGACACACUUAAGAGAGAAGGCCUGUGUUUGCAGGUAGUUUGGGAGAGGAUUUACACAGAAGUCACUUCUCAUUACAUAUCACAGGAUACACUCAGAUGAGAAGCCCUUGGUUGUAGGGAGUGUGGGCGAGCUUCACACGAUGGUCAGAUCUCCUUGGAAACCAGAUAAUACACUCAGGGGAAAGUUACAGUUUUCCACACCUAGAUUUUCAAGCCCAGAUCUACCUAAGAAGGAGCCUUCCACACUCCUGGGUUAAGACAAAACUAGGGAGCUUUGCCGAGACGAUGUUUUCGGAAUGGGUUACAGGUUCUUCAGAAGGUAAAUAACACUCUCCAGUGACCAAUUGGUUCCCAGGCAAAAAUAAAAGAACUAGGCUUGUAAAACCAGCCUUGGAAAAUUAUUACAGUUCUCCAAACUACUUUUUCAAGCUGAGAACCACCUCGGAAGGAGCCUUGCUAACUCAGCAUUUAAGACAAAACUUGGGAGCAUUCUCGAGGGCGGGAGGGUUUUGCCAAAUGGGUUUCAGGUUCUUAAUAUGAAAAAUACCCUUCUUCAGGGCCCACUUACAUUUGGAGACGCUAAAAUAUGCAAACUGCGCUUGCAAACUGGGCUGAAAAACGUACAGGAGCCUUGCUCACUCACAAGUUAAGAAAACGCUCAGGAGCCUUGCCAGGCGGUUUUUUGCCUAAUGGAUUUCAGUUUCGUCAGAGGGGAAAUAGCCUUCUCCAGUGCCACAAUAAGUUGUUUCAGGGUAAAAUAAAAAACGGGGCCUAAAAAACCAGCAUGGAAAAGUAGAGGGGCCUGUCUAACCCUGGAGUUAAGACAAAACUCUGGAGCCUUGCCUGAUGUUUUUUUGCCAAGGGGUUUCAGGUACUUCAUAGGGCAAAUAGCCUUCUCCAGGGUCGUGUUAUACUUUUUAAGGCUAAAAUAAAUAAACUGGGCUUGAGAAACUAGCUUUGGAAAAGUAAAGGAGCCUUUGUCACCCUGGAGGUCAGAGAAAACUCGGGAGCCAUGCCGGGUGUUUUUUUGUCAAAUGCUUUCAGGUUUUUAAUAUGAAACAUAGCCUUCUAGAGUGCCCUCUUCAAUUCUUAAGGCUAAAAUAUAAAAACUUGGCUGAAAAACUAGCCUUGGAAAAGUAAAGGAGCCUAUCUCACACUGCAGGUAAGAGAAAACUCGGUAGCAUUGCCAGGAGUUUUUUUGGGAAAGGGGUUUCAGGUCCUUCAGGGGAAAAUAGCCUUCUCCCGUGUGGUGUUAUGUCCUUUGAGGCUAAAAUAAAGAAACUGGGAUUGAGAAACAAGCUUUGGAGAAGUAAAGGAGCCUUUCUCACUCUGGAGGUGAGAGAAAACUCGGGAGCCUUGCCGGGUGUUUAUUUGCCAAAUGGGUUUCAGGAUUUUAAUAUGAAAAAUAGCCUUCUCCGGUGCCUGUUAAGUUCUUUGAGGCUAAAAUAUAAAAACUGGGCUUCAGAAACUGGCCUUGGAAAAGGAAAGGAGCCUUGGUCAACCUGGAGGUGAGAGAAAACUUGGGAGCCGUG